AAGGAGAUCAUCAAGUGGCUGGAUGCAGGAGUUAUUUAUCCCAUUGCAGAUAGUAGUUGGGUAUGUCCUGUUCAAUGUGUGCCUAAAAAGGGAGGUAUGACCGUGGUUCCAAAUGAAAGAAAUGAGCUUGUUCCAAUGAGGCCCGUUACUGGAUGGAGAGUUUGUAUGGAUUACUGGAAGUUGAAUGCAUGGACAGAAAAUGACCACUUUUCUAUGCCAUUCAUGGACCAAAUGUUGGAUAGACUUGCAGGAAAGGGUUGGUAUUGUUUUCUUGAUGGGUAUUCGGGCUACAAUCAAAUUUCUAUAGCUCCAGAAGACCAAGAGAAGACCACCUUCACUUGCCCAUAUGGGACUUUUGCUUUCAAACGGAUGCCAUUCGGGUUGUGCAAUGCUCCAGCAACCUUCCAGCGGUGUAUGAUGUCGAUAUUUUCUGAUAUGGUGGAGGACACUAUUGAAGUGUUCAUGGAUGAUUUUUCAGUUGUAGGUGAUUCUUUUGAUCGUUGUCUAGAUCACCUGGCCGAGGUGCUUAAAAGGUGUGAAGACUGCAACUUGGUGCUGAAUUGGGAGAAGUGUCAUUUCAUGGUUAAAGAAGGUAUAGUGUUGGGUCAUCGAAUUUCAGAGAAAGGUAUUGAGGUUCAUAGAGCUAAAGUUGAGGUAAUAGAAAAGCACACACUGAUCGGGUCACCAACUGGGGCAGCUUCCAAUUCAGAGGGGUUUAUGUCCGAGUCUGAGUCUGCCCAUGCUUCAGGCUCCGAGUCUGCCCAUUCUUCAGGAUCCGAGUCUGCCCAUGCUGCAGGGUCCAAUGCUAAAUCAGCCACACGGUCUGCUCGAGACCCAAGGACGUAUAGCAAGGAGAUUGUGCGGGAAUUCUAUGCUUCCUAUGCUGCCAGUCUCCGCAGUUCAAUUUCCAAGCUGUCAAAGCCCCUAGCUCAAGAUCCUUUCACUUCCACUUUGGUUCGAGGUUUUUUGGUGGACAUAUCACCUGCCACGAUCAAACGUUUUCUCUAUGGUCUUACCACGGGUCACUCUUGGGGUCUCAACACAGUAGAGUUUGAUUAUAAAAUGGACAUCGUGCGGAGUGGCGCUUUCCAGAGGAACACUGAGCAGCGAGACGCUGUUCUACUAUGGUUGGCCAGGUACAUUGCUGCAGAUGGCGAGCGUGCAGAAUGGGUUACCGCUCCACGUGGGACCGCUAAGGAGGAGCUUGCCCCUACACAUUUCAAACGCAAGUGGCACCAUUCUCAUCGCACUGAGGAGAAAGCUCAUAAGAGACAGCGUCGGCUGGAGAAGGAGGCAAAGAGGGCUUCGAUGUUAGAUGAAGAGUUGUGCUAA